UCAACCCGCUCGGUCAAGUUCAAGAUCCAACUCCGCAUCUUCUCCCUUCGAGGACUUUGAGCGGCAGUCUCUGCAAAGAGACUGAAUUUUGUGUACCGAAGAAGUGCUCUUCUCUCUGUGAAACCAUUCUUGGACUUAUAAAUACCUUUAUUGAUUUUGGACUUUGAUAUUUGCUUUAUUCCAAGAGGCAAAACUGCCACCGUGGGCUUGCUAUUUGAAGAAAUUUUUUACCCGCUAUACCAUCGCAUCUAGUCACUGUUGAAGAAUGGGAAGUUUCAGACCUCUACUGAUAUGUUUGGCUUUAUAUCUAGCUGCAAAUCUUUGCCAAGGCAAAGUGACGUUUGAGAAGUUGACGAAUCAAGACUAUUCCGGCACUGUGUAUUAUACUGUAUGGAACGUAUCUCUGUAUGAAUGUCUGGGCUGGUGCAGGGAUGAAUCGGAAUGUGCUGCUGCCGCCUUCAGUUUUGUCGUCAAUCCACUGACACCCAACCAAGAGACCACCUGCCAACUUCAGAACGAGACUCAGGCCAAUAGGCCAACAGCCAUGUCUCAAAGAAGCGUCAACACGUAUUUUAUGGUGAAGUUGCAUUUACGUACAGACAGCGUCUGCAACCGGCUGUGGUCGUUCGAGCGUGUUCCCAACCAGAGCUUGCGAGGCCUCGAGAAUGCCAUCAUCUUCACUUCCAACAAAGAGGCCUGCCUAUCGGCCUGCCUGGCUGAGGUCAGAUUCGUUUGCAGAUCGGUCGAGUUCAAUUACGUCACUAAGGAAUGCAGGCUCAGCGAAUUUGACAGGAGGUCUCCAGGGGUGUAUGUCCACAUGGUGGAGUCACAAGGCGUGGAUUAUUUCGAGAACGCCUGUUUGCAACCUGAUAAGGUAUGCCGUGGGCCAAAGAAUUAUGGAUAUGCACCAGUAAAUUUACCUCAAACAUCACUCACGUAUUACAUUGACCUGAACUACUAUCUGGAUAAACAAAUUCUGGUUAACACCCGCCAAGAAUGCCUUCAACAGUGCUCCCUGGAGCGAGAAUUCGUCUGCCGUUCAGUACUGUUUCGUGCGGAACCGAGAACGAAGAAAGCCAUCUGCAAACUGUUCCAUCUCGACCACAUCAUGUUUCCUGACGGUGCAGAAACUUUUGCAACGCCCAACCCGUUCCCUCUUUUAGACACUGGAGACAGCACAGGAGUGUAUCUGGAAGCUAUCUGCGCAAAUGACACUUCAAAGCGCAAUAAGCCUUCUAAGGGUAACAUCAAUUUAAGCAUGAACCAACAGCAACAACAGCAACAGCAGCAGCAACAACAACAACAACAGUCAGCUCAGUCUCAGUCUCAGUCUCCGACAACAGUACCUUUCUUCCCCAACACACAAGAUCCUUCCUGCGAUGUUUACGGAGUCUGCUAUGAUGUUUCCAUCCAAUGUACUGAUUCCAAAAUCAUCGUUUACGUGAAGACCAAUCGCCACUUCCAUGGUCGUAUCUACGCCUUGGGAAGAAGUGAAACUUGCCAUGCCAACGUUCUCAAUAGCAACCAGUUCAGACUGGAUCUUUCAUUGAGUGGCCAGGAUUGCAACACACAGUCUAUGGGUGGAGUGUACACCAAUACUGUAGUCCUUCAACACCAUAAUGUAGUGAUGACUCGAACCGACAAAGUAUACAAUGUUCGAUGUACUUACGAAGUAACUUCUAGAAAUAUCUCUUUUGGAAUGAUGCCUAUUAGUCCCUUCAUGAUUCUUGCCAGGGAUCCGGAUACCAUGCAAGUCACCGCAUCCCCCGAAGCACCCCUACCGAAGAUCGUCAUCCUCGGCAUCGAAGGAAGAGAAGCCAACACCGUCAGGAUUGGAGACAAACUCACCUUCAGAAUAGAAAUUCCAGAAGGAACUCCUUACGGAAUCUUCGCUCGAAGUUGCGUCGCCAUGGCCAAAGAUGCAAGAAGUGUUUUCGAGGUUAUUGACGACAGAGGCUGUCCAGUCGAUGCCAACAUCUUCCCCCGUUUUCGUGAAAUCGGUAGCUCUCUGGAAAGCAGCUACGAAGCUUUCCGUUUCACAGAAUCCUACGGAGUGAUAUUUCAGUGCAACGUCAAGUACUGCAUAGGAAAAUGCGAACCUGUGAACUGCGGUAUCGGCAUGGAGAAAACUAGCUCCUGGGGUCGUAAGAGGAGAUCGCAACCCAUCGAGAAAGAAGAUAGCGAGAUGACACUCAGUCACGAAAUAUUGGUACUUGACUUCGGCGACGAGUCUGUCAGUUCCAUGAGAGACGUGAACUCUGUCAACGAAAGUACACACUACAAAGAAUCCGUUCUGAUGAUGGAUACCUGCGCUUCCAAGACAUCACUAAUGGCUCUUAGUGUGACAAGUGCACUGCUCCUAGUUUUCUACAUUUGCACAGUGGCCUACUUCGUGGCGCAGAGGAGGGUCACUAAAGAAUUCCGAUAAACUACAGAGUCUUUCAAUUUAGUAUUAAUUAGAACCUAGGCAAAGACACAAAAAAACUGGCUCCUUUUUUUUCUAUCCUGUACAACAUUCAUGGCCAAUCCUUUGAUGCUGAUACGUGCAACAGCAGGUCAUACACAUAAAAUUGUUUUUAAAUUAUUUUAUACGAAACCAAAGCAUAUUUCUUGUGAUAUAUAAUACGUUAAUUUUUUAUUUUUUCUAUCCAUGGAUUACUUUUAUAAUUCGAAAAAUUUAAGGUAACUAAUGAAUAUGAAAAAAAAAUAUCUAUUUCAUAUAUUUAUACAUUAUUUUCAACUUUUAGGCCGUUAUUCACAUUCAGCAUAUUCAAAGGCAUUUGUCAUUAUAUUUAUUACAUCAUCAGCUUUCAUAUUUCAUAUUUAUUUAUUUAUUCUUGUGAAUGUUUUGUGUUUCUGUGUAAUUUGUAUUUGAUGUGCAAUUUUUUCUGACUGAGGGUAUGGAGUGGAGGUUCAAUGGUUCCUCAAUGCAUAUAUCUGUACAUAUUGUACCAGAUACUUUUUUAUAUCACAAAACUUGGUAUUUUUUCAUAAAUUAUUUAUAUUUUUUGUAAAUAAAUGAAAAAUAAAAAUGGC